UAGAUUUGUCAUAUGCUUCUGAGUUUUCAGAAUCAGACGGCGACGUUGUGAGACGUGCAGAUUUCCACUGUCGGAAGGACAAGCCUCAUUUACAGCAAAUCAAAUUUGUGAUGAAAUUGGGAACGUGUUCGUUGUUGCACACCUAAGGCUUUAUCAUGUGUUUCCUGAUAACGCCCGCAUGUCUGCCCUGUUCUUUUCCACUGUUUGCUCAAUUGGUUUGUGGAAAUUUUUUUCCGAGCGCAGCAGGCAGGUGAACCUUGUACAGAGUCAGGCAACGAGAAGGGCACGUGUCAGCCUGCGUGAGGGAGCAGAUGAGGUGUGCUCACGGUUGAGUCCCCUAAUGAACUGAAGGGGCAGCUUUGCAUAAUCUGGCGGCGCCGAAAGAGUAUUCAGUCGGAGCGUGAACGAACUUCUCAUAAGCUUUGGAAGAGAAGUAAAACUCAGAUGUCAGUCAGGAAUUCCCUUGUUAUCUGAGGUGCCGGGUUUCCUGUGUGCGUCAAUAUUUUUACUUUAUUUUCCACUAAUUCCUGUCCCAGCAACACGAGGACUCAAAUUACAAUGAGGUUUUUUUCAAUCGCAUGUGACCAUUGAUCAGUCAUUUUAUGGAAACGUACAUAUUGUUACGUAGUAAUAUACAGAAAGGGAAGUCCUAAAUUUAACAUUUUGUGAAACCUCUUGUUUAGCUUUUGCUGUAUGCUGAUAAAUUAUUCCAAACGUACCUUUCACUUUAAUUCUUCCACUGAGAAAGACUCUUCCAAAGAUUCCCACAUUGAAACAGAUAUUGAUUUAAAAAUGUCUAUAUGUACACUAACUAUUCAGCUUUCGCAAAGCGGCGGAUCCAUAUUUUUAUUUAUUUUUGUUUCAUACUAUCCCACCGGCAUGCCAACCCUCUAGGGGACACGAAUGCAUAAUAACUGCCCUUUGAAAUGAACAGAAGAGAAUUCAAUGAAUCCUGCCGCCUCGCUUCCUCAGUUCUGUCCCCCCCCCCGGCUUGCAGGACCAUAAAUGUCCAUCCAGCGCUCGGCAUAAUAAUCGCCUGUGUAUGUAUUCUCACUCCAGAUAAUCUGUCACCUGAUAAAUUGUUGCAAGAAACUUGGGAUGCGGUCCGGAGGGGUAAAAUUUAGUUUUCAAAAACUGACUCAACCAAGGGUUGUUGUUGUUUUUUUUUUCACGGAAAGAAGGACUUCCCCAUUCUACAUUUCUUUCCCCUGCCGGUCUAUUUUUUUUCAAGCAUGACUUCAGCUGGCACUGCAGGAUGUAGUAGGUGUGUGACUGAAUGAGAGAAUUUUAAGGGAAUGAAGUAAAUAGUGCCACUUCCUUGAUCGCUGGCGAUAAGAACAUGCUUGGGCAGUCUGGUGGGAAUCAGAGACCGAGUGGGUGUCUUUGUUACUGGGCUGAAUCCAAUCCUCUCCCUGUUUUGUUGGCAGAUCACGUCAGUUUGACUCUGUGUUUGAGAUCCUUUUGUGAGUUGCGUUAGGCCUCGCACCAGUGACGUCAGCAGUAGUGGCCCUUCACGGACAGCAGAGUACAAGGACUGGAGGGAAGACAACAGAAGCCAACAGCUGAUAAGUAGGAUCAUCCUUUUUCUGGUAGCUGUCAUAUGCUUGUUGGACGUUGAACGCAGAGGAUCUUGGAAAAUAAACCUGAUGCCACUGGAUAAGUGGCCAAGAUAAAAAAGAAACACGCGAGGGAGGAGAUUUUAGUUUUCUUUGUGGAUCGCCGGAUUGGCCGAGCGUCCUGGAUCUUCGGAGUCGCGGUGCCUCUCUCAGAGCCAACACGGCGGGCAAUUGCAUGAGUCGAUCGCUGGUCAUGGGGCAGAAACUGUCCGGCGGCAUGAAGCAGAUCGCCCGGGAGCCCUCGCACAAGAUCACACAGCGAGAACUGGUCUACAGUGGCGAUCUGGUCAAGCCCAAUCGCCUGGACACACUGCUGGACAUGCCUCCAGCCGACAAGGAGAUGCAGUAUAAGUACGCUUGGAAUGAGGAGGACCGGUCGCUCAACAUCUUUGUCAAGGAGGACGACCCUUUCACUUUCCACCGCCACCCGGUGGCCCAAAGCACGGACUGUAUACGGGGGAAGGUUGGUUUCAACCGGGGACUCCACGUCUUUGAAGUAUUCUGGAACUCAAGGCAGCGUGGCACCCAUGCCGUGGUGGGUGUUGCCACAGCCAGCGCCCCGCUCCACUGUGUCGGGUACCAGUCGCUGGUGGGCAGCAACGCCGAGUCGUGGGGCUGGGACAUCUGCCGGAAGAAGGCGUUCCACGACGCCAAGCACAAAUCGGGCACGCCCUACCCGCUGCUGCCCAACGCAGACAAUUACCCCGUCCCGGACAAGUUUCUCAUGGUAUUGGACAUGGACGAGGGCACGUUAAGUUUCAUUGCCGACGGACAGUUUCUCGGUGUGGCAUUCCGCGGCCUCAAAGGCAAGAGACUUUUUCCCAUCGUCAGUGCCGUGUGGGGACACUGUGAAAUUUCAGUCAAAUAUCUCGGGGGCCUUGAACCCUCUCCUCUUCCUCUCCAAGACCUGUGCAGGCGAGGAAUCCGCGUUUCUGUUGGCAAGGAACAUCUAGAAGACAUCUACCAGCUACCAUUGCCCACGAUGAUGAAACGGUACAUCCUCUACCAAUGAACUCAGUUUCCAAAGAGCCCCCCCACCCCCAACACCACCACCAACAGAGGAACGACGUGGUCACAUUUCAUCUGAGCUCCCACUGAGAGGUUUUUCUUUUUCAUCGUCGGCGAGACAAAGAGAAGUAAGACGAGAGUAGGGAAGAUUCCUGCCUGCCUUGCCUGGAGAUGCGUAACAAUGAGCCUGCUGCUACGGGCUGGAGUCAAUUUGUUUUUAUUUUUCAAAGAUGAACUCGGCGAAAAGAGAUGGGCAAGUGAUGAUAAUGAUGCUGCCGUGCCAGAAAGUUUCCCAGCUGAGCAACAUAAUUUGGGACGUGGCAAGGAACUGAUAAAAAGCUGAGGGGCCAUGUUGCAAGCAUGAAUAAGUGCAGUUCUGUUGCGGGGGAGGAAAGGAUGAUGGGUUUGAGGUCUUGAGCCUUGAGAAUCUUGAGUUCUGCUUUUUUGAGAAGAGAGUUGAUUCCUCCUGGACAUGGGGAGGGCUUGUGGGUCCAGGAGAUUUUUGCAUUAAGUGCUGUUCUUGGGGCACCAUUGUCAUGGUGAGGGCCUCAAGAGAUGUGGUCCCUCCAGGAGGGAUGAAGCCCUCAGCCAGCCUCUUGUGGGAUGUCGUCCCUUUUCUGAACCCCCUCCCCCAAGAAUGGAUCAUGCCAAUAAAACUGUUUCCCUGAACACUUGCUUCUACCUUCCUCAGGGAAUGGACAGGUGCAUUUUUGCAUCUGGGGGGAGUACAGUGUUUCCCAUGAAAAGAAGAUCUUCUCCCAUCGUUCAAAUUAAAGAAUGAGCAAUUUGGAAAUGCUGAUUGGGGAUUUGACGGGGAAUUUUUUUUUUCCGCUGGGUGGGUCCAAGAACCAUUGAUCUAUGAUUCCUGAUCGGGUCUGUAAAUGCUGCUAUUUGACUUGUGGCACUUAAACAUUUACUGAUGUAUGGGACGACAGCCGAGAUACAUGUAAAACCCAUUUCUUAACCAUUCUGCUUCCACCAAAAGUGCAUUUGUCAAACCUUGAGGUACGUUUUUUACACGUUUGCCUUUGUAGACAGACAGGGUGUGAGAUUUUUUGACCAAUUUCUAAUUUUGUGAACAAACAUUGGCGUGAGGGUGACUUGCAGAAGCCACACUAAAAAGACUUUUUUUACCAACUUGACCAUUUGCCCCACACUUCCCAGAAUCAAGCCAUCCUUUUGCAGACCAAGACGUUGCCUUCUAACGACUUUUACCCAACCAAUAAAAAGAAAUCCCUUGAUCCACUGCAACAGUGAAAAGACUUCCGUAAAAAUCACAUGAAACCCUUUAUAUUACAGCAGGAUAGAACCUACAGACCACCAUAUACAUGUAAUGAGAUCAGUACUGCUUAACAUCUGUACAUUUAAAACUGGAAAAUACCGUAGCCUCGAGAUGUCUGUUACGUUUCUCCAGCAUUGGAAUGAUUUUAAUACUUACAGUAAUGUGACUCCAUAUUAAGCAUGUUUUUUUCCAAAGAGGGAACCACCCAUGUCCACCUGCACAUAGUAUUUCCCAUCAGCCAUUAAUUUCCACAGAAAACUAUUCCCUUAUACUGUAGCUGCUUAUUUGUUUAUUUUACACGACGUGUUUUAAUGUGUUUUUUAAUGUGCGUUUACUGGUCUGUGUCAAACACAAAAACUCAUUUAGCUGACCAGUUGCAUGUCAGGGUGAACUGUUUCCAUGGGGAUGAGGUUUUUUUUUUUUGAAGCAUUGAUCAAUGCAAUUUGUGUUAGUGUAGUUUUCUGUUUAAAUGGUUUCAUCCUGAAUCAGUUUUGAGCACUAGUUAGGCCCCUCAGAAAAAAAACAAGGCCCCCACCAAAGUGAAAGGAAAUAGCCCAAGUUGAAGUUAAAGGGGGGGAAAAAAUUUGUGCCUACAGGCACCAGUGAAAGUUGAAGAUGGGUACCAGACCUUUGUGACAUGGUUAUCAUCGAAGUUAUACCGUACACAAUGCUGUUGGGCGGAAAGUGGGGCGUCCAACUAAACUGGGCGGGCACCAUUCCUGUCGGUAAUAUUAUAUGGGUACAGCCCUGGCAUAUACGUGCGUAUUCUGUCCAAAAAAGGAACGAUUCUUUGUACAAAUGAAUGAGUUAUGUAAUAAUUUAAUCUGUAUUCGGGUAUUGUACAGAAGGAGGGUCAAAAACGGAAGAAGUUGACCACGCCAGUGCUGUGUACACGAUGAUAACAAUAAUUAAUGAAUGACUAUUUAUUUUUCGCUGUAUUUAUUCAAAUGAACUCAGAAGCAACGGACACAAUAGGAGAAAGUGCUGCCGAACUUACUGUCACAAAUAUUGUGAGAGUAAGGGAAAAAAAACCUGAAAUUCACAUACUAGAAUUUGCACUGCAUAUCACACAAAAAAUUAAAAGUAGAAAAAAGAAAACUGUUUUAAUGUCUGUUUAUUCCAACCAGCAGUUUCCAAGGUGCUAACGGUCUUUGUCUGCAACUCAUUAAUAUUGUCAGUGUAAUCAAAGGAACUAAAUUAUCGUAGACUCUUUUUGUUUUAAACUUCUUGCUCUUUUUGAAAGCCAAAAAAAAAAAAAGCCAACUGCUGGUGAUGCAAGUAUUAUUUCCAAUGCAUCGUGUGUGACACUGUAACGUGCAAUCAUGGAGAUUGGGAGAUAAACAUCUCCAAAACUCUGCUAAAGUAAUUGACACAUUUUUGGUCGACAAGAUUUUCAUAGGUCAAAAGUGUGUACUUUAUUACGUAUUUCAAACUGUUUUUUAAUGUUCUGUUGGUUUUCAUAGUAUCAUUUGUCACAUUCUUCACUUUUUCCAGGUAACAACAAAAGCAGAGUAAGCCUUGACAUUUCAGGUUUUUACAAAUUUGCCUUCAUGUACGAGACAGUUUCUAGUAGACUAUUUAUAAAUGUGAAGUAAGCAAUUGCAUUCUCUGUUUUUAAUUUUCGGGGCAAUUUUGGCAAGCAUAACAUUUUAUUUUCAAUUCGAAUUUUUUAAAACAUUGGACAUGGUCUGUCAUUUUUCUGAAUCAACAUUUCUGAAGGCAAUAUUGUAAUGAUCGCAUUGAACUGUUCAAUUUUGUACAUUACCGACUUGAAAUCAUGUGUUUGGAAGACUAAAAACUGUUGUACAUGUAGAGAACGUUCUGUUUUUCAUUUUGAAACUCGUCAUUGGCACAUUGGAGGAGUAUGUUAACCAUUUAUGUGACGCAUGUCAACAUAUCGACAUGUCGGUGGAUGUCUCUCUUGUCAGAUUGCAUUUUUGCUGUUUUUUACGUGUUGACAAUUAAGUGCUCAACUGUUGUGUCCAUUUUUUUUAAAAAGGAUAAAAUAUUUGUUUAAAAUUGUGUUAUUGUAUCAAACUGUAUGCCAAACCAUUUUUUUGUCUCACUUUAAUAUUAAACACCGUUUUUUGCAAAUUUUUGAGACUCAA